AUGCCUGUAUCUGAGAGGCCUGCAGUGCAUUAUGGGCCACGGCUCGGACACAUCUGGAGCGGACAGAUGUGCGAUGCGUUAUUGGAGGACAUUUCUCAGAUUCCUGUCCUGUCAGGAGAGCCGCUCACCACAGAGCAGGAACAUCAGGCGGAACCAGAGGAGGCGGAGUCUCACCUGAGAGGAGAGGAGCACCUGAGGCUCUGCACAGCGUGGAGCCUCCUGAGACUGACGGCCUUUGUUAAGGUGUCUCCGGUUCUGGAGAGGGCCACGUGCGUCCAGCCGCCCGAAACAAGCGCUCCCAUACAGGCCGCCAGCCGGAGGAGCGUCUGCAGAGCAAGGCCUGAUGGGAGUGACAGCAGUGGAAGUGAAGAGGUGACUUACUGUAGGGUGUGGAUGGAGCCGGGGGGGGGGGUCGCAGAGGAAGUGAGAGACACAGCGAGAGCCGAGCUGCAGCCCAACAUUUGGCGAGGUCAGAGUUCAGAGCUGCGUCAGUCUGCAGGAUCCACAGAGAGCUGCAGACACAUGGAGGAAACACUCAGAGACUCAGGGGAGAGAGAGCGCUUGGACAUGGAGACAUCGAGAGCCUCGGAGAGAAAGGACAAGAUGGACGGCAGCGGAUUCCUUGAGCUGCACAAGAAACCCUCAGAGACUCCAGCGGAGGAACAACAAUGGGUCUGUCUAAGUGAUGGAAUAAGGCUGCACCCCCAAACCCCCCAGAGGGACCCUCAGCCUCAGGGGCCCGAGACGUGUCCAAACGGGAACAAGGAAACGGAGUUUGGAGCCCCCCACCACAUCUUCCCCGCUUUCCACACCCCCAUCCCCAUCGACAUGCGGCACCACGAGGGCCGAUACCACUACGAGCCGCACGCCAUGCACAACAUUCACGGUCCUGCAGGCCUCUCUGACAUCUCCCUGAUCCGCCUCUCACCCGCUGACUCCCCCUUCAGCCCGCCUCACCCUUACCUCCCCCCCCAUAUGGAGCAGUACCUGCGCUCUGUGCACGGCAGCCCCUCCCUGUCCAUGAUCUCCGCAGCCAGAGGACUCAGCCCGGCAGAACUGGCCCAUGAGCAUCUGAAGGAGCGAGGUCUGUUGCCCCCCCCCCCUCCUGCAGAGUUUUACCACCUGAUGGCGAGCCACCGGAGCCCCUAUGGAGAUCUGCUGCUGGGGGGGGCAGGAGCCGCCACCACCGGGGCCGAAUACAUCUCCCCCAUCGAGGUCUCGCGGUUCUCGGGGCCCAGGCUGACUCCCCGCCUCAGCAGGAAGCGAGCGCUGUCUGUCUCUCCGCUGUCUGACGGCAGCAUUGACCUCCACACGAUGAUCCGCACAUCGCCCAGCUCGCUCGUUGCCUACAUCAACAACUCCCGCUGCAGCUCCGCCGCCGGAUCCUCCUAUGGUCACCUGUCUGUGGGGGGGCUCAGCCCGUCCUUCCCCUUCCCUCACCCCUUGACUCCCCUCGCCUACCAGCAGCUCCUCACCCAUCAUCAGCGGGGGGGUCUCGGUGCCUUCGGCCACACCCCCCCCCUCCUUCAGCCUCCCCCGUCGUUCUGCAGCCGCCCCCCCGGCCUGUCCUCGCUGCCGGCCCUCAGCGACCUGAACACAAAGAGCCACGGGGGAGACCCGUCUGUCAGCAGCACGGUGGACCCCAUCGUCACCAAGAGGUCCAAGGUGAAGUCUGAGGGGGCGGGACUUAGGCCGCUGUCUCCCUGUUCACCGAGCCACGGCAGCUUCCUGGACUUAAAGGAGGACGUGGAGCGAGACGACUUUAAACAGGAGCCGGACGCCGUGUACGAGACAAACUGCCACUGGGAGGCCUGCAGCCAGCAGUACGACACGCAGGAGCAGCUGGUGCAUCACAUCAAUAAUGACCACAUCCACGGAGAGAAGAAGGAGUUUGUGUGCCGCUGGGACGAGUGUUCCCGGGAGCAGAAGCCCUUCAAAGCUCAGUACAUGCUGGUGGUUCACAUGAGGAGACACACGGGGGAGAAACCACACAAGUGCACGUUUGAGGGCUGCUGUAAGGCCUACUCCCGUCUGGAGAACCUGAAGACACACCUGCGCUCUCACACCGGAGAGAAACCGUACGUCUGCGAACACGAAGGCUGCAACAAGGCCUUCUCCAACGCCUCGGACCGGGCCAAGCACCAGAACCGCACACACUCCAACGAGAAACCUUACGUCUGUAAGAUCCCGGGCUGCACCAAGCGCUACACCGACCCGAGCUCUCUGAGGAAACACGUGAAGACGGUGCACGGCCCGGAGGCUCACGUCACCAAGAGGCAGCGCAGCGACGUGCAGCCACCAAGGCCGCCGGCGCCGAAAGAGAACGGCGAGAACGAGGCGGGAACCCGAGAGAGGAUCCACAGGGAGGACAAGAUGUCCGACAACGGCUCCCCCAGAGGCAGGGAGGACUACCUGCACGUCACGUCCAUCAAGACGGAAAACUCUGUGAUGCAUCAGUCCAGCCCUGGCGGUCAGUCAUCAUGUAGCAGCGAACCAUCACCACUUGGCAGCGCCACCAACAAUGACAGUGGAGUAGAAAUGGCGGCGCCCAGCAGGGGGAGCCUGGGGGACCUCAGCCCUCUGGACGACCUGCCCUUUGUUGAGGCUCUGGGAUAUGAGGAUACCAUCGGGGGGCUGGCAGUAAUGGGUCUCCACCAUCGAAAGCACUUUGGCACCAACAUGCAUCUGAAGAAGGAGACGCUGAAGAUGGCGAGGGACUCGUGUCGGUGGGCCGGAAACCCAACAGUCCUCGGCACCAAGCUGCCACCCAUACCAGCAGGUAGAUCCCAGACUGCAGGAUCCUCGUAUGGUAUGGGGGGUGGUCCGGUGUCCAUCCCUGGUUCGGGCUGUGGUGAUCUGAGUAAACCGACCCUGUUGGAGCGCCGAGACAGCACCUGCAGCACCCUGAGCUCUGUGUACACCCUCAGCCGGCGGUCUUCAGGCAUCUCCCCCUGCUACUCCAGCCGGCGCUCAAGCCAGGCCUCGCAGUUCGGAUCCAACCGCCCCAGCAACCUCAGCUCCGACGACUCCUACGACCCCAUUUCUGCGGACAUAUCCCGGCGCUCCAGUCAGAACAGCCAGUUUGGGGGAAGCAACGGCCCUCUCAGCCUGACCCCCGCCCAGCACUACCACCUCAGGGCAAAGUACGCCGCUGCCACUGGAGGUGCUCCGCCGACGCCUCUUCCAUACAUGGACCGAAUAAAGGCCCACACGGGGCUGUACGAGGACUACCAGGAAUCCUCCACAACAAAGAGGGACCGGCUUUCCAGGCAGUACAACAGCUACUCCACACGGACCCUGAUGCCCCAUGAAGUCCCGUCUAACCUCCCCCGCCGAGCCAGUGACCCAGUGAGACAAGCCGAUUAUCCCAGCCGACCACAAAUGCAGCGCUACAACAGCGUGGGCGCCCUGACCGGAGCAGGAGCCAUGCAGCCACGUCCGCCUCCUGCAGCAGACCGCCGACAUGGACCCCAGCAAGGCUGCCUCCGACCGGAUGGUGGUCCACACCGAUACCCUUACAGUAGUUCGGAGAAUAUCCCCAUUGGGAGGAUAACGGGUGACAUUCCUGAAGAAGACGUGAUGCAGCCUUGUACCCCCCCCUCCCCAGCGAGCCUCGUGUUAGCUCCUUCCAACAUGGGUACAUCUUCAGCAAAGGACAGCAAAGUCCCUGAUCAGUGGAACAAAGUCUCCUUGGGGCCGAUGGAUGCCAGUAAGAACUGCUCCAGACUACAGGACAGAGGGAACCUGGCUGUCCUCCAGCAGAACCAGAACUUUGUGUCUGUUCACAACAACCUCAGCCCCAACCAGCAGCUGAUGCAAAACCAGGUCAACACAACCAGACUAAACACAGAACCGGGAGCGAUCGGCUUCCAGUCGUCACAUCUGUCUCAGUGCAGGCUGAACCGAGGCGUGCCGACCUAUGAUGGGAACGGUGAAGGAAACAUGCUAACCGCUACCUGCAAACAGGAGCCUGUGGACAUGCACUUUGCUGAUGCUGGAUUUCAGCCUGUGCAGGUCAAAGUAGAGGACUGUGAUGAAUCAAUCAUGAGUUCAGAUCAGCAGAACUGUUGCAUGAACUCCCAGAAUCCCUUGCGCCUCCAGCCAAUGCCACCGACCGGACCUAGACCUCUAACCAGACACCUGGAUGUUGCCUCUGCUUUACUUCAUUGCAGCGAGAACUGGGAAGACCAUGCCUUGUUCUACUCUGGGCAGAUUCAAGUGUUUGGACACAAUGGGAACUUUGAUCUUGUUUGUCCCGUGGUGAAUGUACCUCCUUUUGAAAGCACAGCAGUGUCGCUGGAUCCAGGCACCGCCCGGGCGCCUGUAGACUGUAGCGUAGCUCCGGCGCAGAUAGACUUUGACUGCAUGCUGGAGGACGACGACGAUCACUCCAGCGUCAUGUCGGGAACUCUGAGUCCAGGUUUGCUCCAGAGUUUGUCACGGAGUUCCUCCCGCCUGACGACGCCCAGGAACUCGGCCACGUUGCCCUCGGUGCCGGCGGGGACGGGCAACAUGGCAAUCGGAGACAUGAGCUCGCUGCUUUCUGCUCUGGCUGAGGAGAGCAGGUUCCUCAACGCCAUGUCGUAGCGCAACUCAACGAUGUGAGCCUCCGCUGCGUGUGAUGCUUCUCCUCUUGUACAGUCUCAUGAAUUAUUUAAUAAAGGCAGUUUUUAAUCCCUUUGA